AUGUCGAACUUUCACAAGUUGCUCAACAUGAUCUUGACGAGUAUCCGACGCCUCCCAUUUUUUAGAAAGAACAUUCCCGGAGUGGCAGAAGUAUUGUUCAGAGGGCAUGUCGACGACGCGAAGUUACACUUCAGCAGAGCCCUCAUGCAACACGACCACUACGAACUCUGGGAUCCAGGUCAGUUGACUGUCGCUCGUUUAACCGGAGGGCCAUAUAUCAUCCUAGUGGAGCCAGAUGAAGAUUACCCACCUAUUCUGCGCGUUCCCUUUCGCUUGAUCCCAAACGAGAUGGUCAUUACCGUCAAUCAGAGCGAACUCACGAUUUUCGGCGAGGUUCCAGACAACGAGGACGAGUUUCUCCACAUCAAGGCGGGAGAUGACAAGACGUUGUGGGUAAUCGCUCAAUGUUUGGCCCGUCAUACGGCCGACGUUGAACGUCGAGAGCGCAACAUCCGUGCCCAGAUAAUGUCAUUCCGGCUGUUCUUGUUCGAGGACUCAGAGGAGCGGCGAUCGAGAGUCAAUCUAGGCCAAAAGCCCGGCAUCGGUCUCUCUCUGACUGCGGGCAACAACACCGUCGACAUGACAGGUGUGCUCGUCGAGCACGAUAGCGACAUCGAGCUCCUCGUCAUGGGCGAACCUUAUCCGGUACUUCAACAGCGUAACGUCGCUAGCCAUUAUAAAGGGUGCUAUCUGGCCUUCUUCAGAUCCGACGGUCUUCCCCCUCCCGAUUCCGUUCAAGUCGAAUGUGCCAAUCAACCCCAUCCAGCCGAUUUUGACGUCCGGAUCAUGACUUUCGUUUCCGCGUAG